AUGAUUUCCAGCUGUGGACAAGAGGAGCCAUCGGUGUGGAGCGGAGGAGCCCGAGCGACCAGGAGCAAAGAUGGAGCCGAGGAGGACCGGGGAGUUUCACCUGGAGUGAGGGAGCCGAGGAUGGAUCAUUAAAAACACUGGAGCUGAUCUGACCCGGAGUAGGAUGUUACUAGCGUCCGCCGUUGUGGUCUGGGAAUGGCUGAACGAGCACGGACGCUGGCGGCCCUACAGCCCGGCUGUCUGUCACCACAUCGAGGCAGUCAUCCGGAGCGACCCGCGCUGUGGUAGCGUCGUCCUCGGCCAGGUGGACUCUCGCCUCUCGCCCUACAUCAUCGAUUUGCAUUCCAUGCACCAGUUCCGACAAGACACAGGUACCCUUCGAGCGGUACGACGUAGCUUCUACGACCCCACCUCAGCGCCAGGCCAAGGCUGGUUGUGGGAGUGGGAGAACGACGCUGGCAGUUGGACGGCGUACGACACGGACGUGGGCAUCGCCAUCCAGGCGGCACGAGAUCGUCAGCAGCCCUGGCUGGACCUGGCGCCGCUGGGUUUCUGCUACCUUAUUGACUUCGAAAGCAUGACCCAAAUAAACGGGCAGACGCAACGCUGCCGGCGCAUCCAGCGUCGCUCUGACCUGGCUUACCCGUUGGUGUCCGGGCCCCUGCCCAAAUCCCAUCAUGCCUGGGGGCCGGCGUCAAUGCCCAGCCACGGAGGACUGCUCGGUGUGGACGUGUCUGGAGUGGGUAUGGGGCUCAGGAUGAGCAGCAGUGGGAAUGGGAACGGGAGUGCGUACCCUAGCGGCGCUCUCCCUGCUUCAGCCAUCACCUCUCUGGGACAGCCCUGCGCCUGUCAGCAGUGUAUGCUGGUGCUGAGUGUCAAAGCGGGCACCAUGUCAACCACUCACACUCUGGGUCGAAGACCACCACUGACCAAACCACCCAGUCCCAAAAUCAGCAGCCACCCUGUCCCAGGAGGGUCGUAUUCACUGACCCUUCCUCGGCCACCUACCCUGUCCCGAUCACUUUCCCCAAACAGGACGUCUAUAGUUGGGGCGACAGGGGGCUUCAGUGUGGGUGGUAUGGGUGGUCCUGGAGGUGUGAGCAUCGUCGGGGGCAGCGGCAUCAGCAAUGCCAACUUCGGCUUUGGAGGAGGCUUCACUCACUCUCUUUCCCUCCUCGGCUCGGCCACCGCAGCCCUCUCCAUCUCCUCCACCAGGCCCCCUCCUCCACCUCUGCCCCCACCCCCGCCUCCUCCACCACCACCAGCCACCUCGUUGUCAUCUAUCGCCACCUCUGCCCCUCACCCUUCUGCCUCGCUCUCCAUUUCCUGUCCUGCCCCCACAGCGGGCACCACACUCAUCUCUACGGCUGCCUCCACCUGCACGCCCUCGCCUUCUGCCCGCGUCCUGGGCCCAGUGUCUACAUCCGGUGCUGCUGCCUGCGCGGCGCCUCUGCCGCCCCGGUCCAGCCUAGCAGGGCUGAGCCGACCGGCACUGCAGCGUAUCGCCAUGGCUCAGUCACGCGCCCUCAUUGCCUCUGG